ACAGUACUCCCCCCUACACAUACACACACGCACACGCGCGCACACGCACACGCACCGUGUGGUUCCGUGGGGUUCCGUGCUGGAGCCGCCCCGGCGCACCUGGACGCGGCGCGGAGCGGAGCGGCAGGUAAGCUGGUGGGCGUCUCCCUCUCGGCGCGUCGAGCCGGAGAUGAUUUGAGAAAUCUGUGCAAACUGCGAGGGACGCGGCCAGGGCGGCGGUGGCGAGGAGGCUGUCACGCUUCAAUCCGGAGCGUUCCCUGAUUUCAAAGCUUUAAUAUUAACCUGAGGAGUGAGCCCGGUGUGCUGGAACAAGGGUCGGACACUCGAUGGAGUGAUAGGCACAAGGAAACAGCUUUAAUCCACGUGUGUCGGUCAUGUUUUCAUUCCUGCGGCUGCUUCCUGUUCGGAAUACCUCGCUCCACUAGAACUGAGACAAGCUUUGGAAAGUUGGAUUCUCCAGUACUAAAAGUAAAAGUAUGUCUUCCGCGACUUGACACAGCCUCGUGGAAACGGUGGAGCUGCUGGGUUCACAUCUGAUCAGCUGGAAGAGACACACACACACCAAGUUUCCCUCACGAAGAAUCACACACUCUUCUUGCAUAUUCCAGUGGGCAUCUCCUCUUGUGUUUGAGAUCAACAGGCAUCAUGGGAGAGGCACCAGUCAGGGAGGACAGUACGGUGACACGCUCAGCCGAGUACGUGGGCUCGUUUCCUGUGGAUGACCGCUGUCUGGAUGACCAGAUUGAGCAACUGCACACCCAGCUGAAGUCCCUCAGAACAUGCAGGCGGCGGAGGCCUGUGUCCCUGAAGUUCUCCAUCAAAGGUGUGAAAAUGUACAACGAGGAUGAGACGACUCUUCUGAUGGCUCAUGCUCUGCGGAGAGUCUCUCUGUCCACUGCCCGUCCCUCCGACGCCCAGUUUGCCUUCGUCUCCCACAACCCGGGCAGCCCUGAUGCCCAGCUGUACUGCCAUCUCUUUAAAGCUCGCCACGCCAGAGCUGCCCAGUUCCUGAACCUGCUGCUCUGCAGGUGUUUCCAGCUCUACUACCUGGACAAGCACCCAGAGGAGGCCCAAGAGGAGUCUGCUGGCGCCCUGCCCCGUCGCAACCCCUCACUGCUCAACCACGGCUUCCCUCUCAGCGUCAGUGCCCUUGUGUCCUUCAGAAGGGCCCCCUUUCGAGGGUUGCUACCAGGAGCCAAGAAAAAUUCAAAGUCCACUGAAGAGCAGCAGAGCAGCCAAGAGGAUGUCUUCACCUCCUCGCCCUCCCUGGUGCGCAAGAAAGCCAUCCGCAACAAAGUGCUGCGCUCCGGGGCUUACCGCUCCUUCACUUUCACCCCGCUCAAACAGCGCAAUGUUCAGGAGCGCCUGAACGCACCACAAGGAAAGGAGCAGGACAAAACGUCGGUGAAGAGAGCCCGGGCUCCCAGCUUGGCCGAAACAGAAGAAGCAUUGGCUCAGGCAGUGUGGUGCUGGGCUGGUAUCGCAACUGACAGCAGCUCCUCCCUGCUUGCAGAGGACGUCCUGGGAUCCUACCUCCUGUGCCCCCAUCCCAAGAAACCCAACUGUGGCUCUCUCAUCAUCCGCUUCCCCUCUGGCCUAGUCACCCAUCUGAUUGAAAACACCCGUAAGGGGAAAUUCCUGCUGGAGAAAUACAAGACUGAAUUCAGUUCCAUAGCUGAGCUGCUUGAACACUACACAGAGUCCCAGGUUGAGCUGGCGUGCCCGCUGAGCUGUGCCCGUGUAAACCACUGCUACGAGUGGGAUGAGAGCUCCAGCAGGCUACAGGCCCCAAUGCUGCGCAAGAGCCUGAAAAGAAGCAAAGCUAAAAAGCAGCGGUUUAAGACCCUGGACACUGGAAUAUAACAUAACAUAAGUGACAACUGACACCGUUUUCCCCCUUCUGCACAAAUGUAGUAUCACUUACUUUUAAAUCACAUGAGGUGUUGCAUGGAGGCUUUUAAACCUAUGUAAUACACAUUGCACCUAUAAAACCUUUUUAUUUUAAUACAGUGUUGGCACUUAUGUAAUAUGUAAAGCAUUUUUGAAAGGGGUAUUUUUGUCAAUCACCAUAUUUUAUACUUGCUACUUUUAUCAUGUGUUUCAAGGUUUUUUUUUGUUUUUUUUUUUGUUUUUUUUAAUUUGUUUGUGCCUAUAAGGCAGCACAGCUCUAAGACUAUAUGUGAUAUGACAGACUGAUGAGUGUGACUGAACAUUCAUUUGGUCCCCACUGAGGCUGAGAAGAGCUGCCCUAGCUGUUACACCUGAUGGCAAAGCCACUAUUUGUUUUCUUACUUUUUUAUAUGUUUGUGCAUUGUAAAUAUCAAAUUGAAACUGUUUUUUUUUUUUUUUUUUACUCUGAGGUCUGAUGCACUGGACUGCAUACAGAAGCAGGUCACAUGGCAAUAAUGGAUGAUAUAAAUGAAUUAUACAGUAUAUAACC